AUGCGCAACUUUGGGAUCUUCUUCCUUUGGGCGCUGGCCGCCUGCACUCUAUGGAAUGGAUCCUUGGCGUCGAGCCUUCGGUCUGGCUAUAUAUUCCUACUUGACGAUAUGAGUCCCAAUCAGUCCGAUAGCAUUUGUCUCCCUGAACUACGAUCUCUGUUAAACGACGUUGUGCAGACCCAGAACCAAGGGAACGUCUGCGAUGCUGUCAACGAAAUCAAAUCGAAGCUGAAGGCACUGGACGUGAAAAGCCAACUUCAGGAGGUGCAUUUUAAGCUGGAAGGACAACUACAAGGAGUGGAAAAUAAGCUGGAAGGACGACUACAAGGUCUAGAAAAACAACUACAGGAGGGGCAAACCAAACUGGAGGCUAAACUGGGUGAAAAGCUCCUUGCGGUACAGGGAAAUAUUGAAAACCAACUUCAGGCGGUUCUAAAUCAACUGCAGUUAGUCCAGAACAAAAUAGAUGUACCCAAGGUCGUAGUCCCGGCUUUAUCCACGAUUAGUAUACCACCUGGAUUCGAGCUAAUCGGCAACAGAUAUUUUAGAAUUGUAAUUGAAGAAGAGAAUUGGGAGACUGCUGAGAGAAGGUGUCGUGAGAUGGGAGGUUACUUAGCCUCCUUUCAAAAUGAAGAAGAGUUUAACGCUAUUAGACUAAAACUAAUUAAUAGCAUAGGUAAUGGGAUGUUUUGGCUAGGCAUUAAUGAUCAAGAGAAUGAGGGACACUUUGUAUCUGUGGCCUCACAAAAGCCAGCACCAUUUUUAAAGUGGGAUGAGGAUGAACCAAACGACAAAGGUCAUGUGGAGAACUGCGUCUUUUUGGUUGGUGGCAGAAUGUGGGACGACGCCUGCAGUGGUAACUUAUAUUUUAUUUGCCAGGCGGACAAUGAAAUUUAG